GCUGCGGCAGCGCCCCGCCGCCGUUUGUCCCCGCCGCGCCCCCGUAGCGGCCCGCUGGGGCAGGGCGUUGCGGGGCGGCGUCGCCAUAGCGACAUGGGCUAGGCCGCGGCCUGCCUGGGGCCCGGCGGCAGCGGGCCGGCAGCGGGAGCGCAGCGGCUCGGCGGGGAUGCGCCAUGGCGUCGGUGAAGGUGGCCGUGAGGGUGCGGCCCAUGAACCGCAGGGAGAAAGACCUCAAUGCAAAGUUUAUUAUUUCAAUGGAAAAAAAUAAAACGACAAUCACCAACUUGAAGAUACCAGAGGGUGGUACUGGAGACACAGGAAGAGAAAGAACUAAGACAUUUACCUAUGAUUUUUCCUAUUUCUCAGCAGACAGUAAAAGUCCCAGCUUUGUUUGUCAAGAAACGGUUUUCAAAAAUCUUGGUACAGAUGUACUUAAAUCUGCUUUUGAAGGCUAUAAUGCUUGUGUUUUUGCAUAUGGACAAACUGGAUCUGGGAAGUCCUACACCAUGAUGGGAAAUGUGGGUGAUGCUGGCUUAAUACCUCGGAUUUGUGAAGGAUUAUUCAGCAAAAUAAGUGAAAAAACAAAGCGGAAUGAGGCAUCCUUUCGAACAGAAGUCAGCUAUUUGGAAAUUUAUAAUGAACGUGUGAGAGAUCUUCUCAGACGGAAGUCAUCAAAAACGACUAAUUUACGAAUACGAGAACAUCCAAAAGAAGGGCCGUAUGUUGAGGAUUUGUCUAAACACUUAGUGCAAAAUUAUGCUGAUGUAGAGGAACUGAUGGAUGCAGGAAAUAUGAACAGAACUACAGCAGCAACUGGGAUGAAUGAUGUCAGUAGCAGGUCUCAUGCCAUUUUCACAAUCAACUUCACUCAGGCUAAAUUUGAUUCUGAAAUGCCUUGUGAGACUGUUAGCAAGAUUCAUUUGGUAGAUCUUGCUGGAAGUGAGAGAGCAGAUGCCACUGGUGCCACAGGGGUUAGAUUAAAGGAAGGGGGGAAUAUUAACAAAUCUCUAGUUACUCUGGGAAAUGUCAUUUCUGCCUUAGCUGAUUUAUCUCAGGAUGCAACCAAUCCUCUUUCAAAGAAGAAACAAGUAUUUGUGCCUUACAGAGACUCCGUGUUGACUUGGCUGUUAAAAGAUAGCCUCGGAGGAAACUCUAAAACUAUAAUGAUUGCCACUAUUUCACCUGCUGAUGUCAAUUAUGGAGAAACUUUAAGUACACUUCGCUAUGCAAAUAGAGCCAAAAACAUCAUCAACAAGCCUACUAUUAAUGAGGAUCCUAACGUCAAACUGAUCCGUGAGCUGAGAGCUGAAAUAGCCCGAUUAAAAGCCUUGCUUGCUCAAGGGAAUCAGAUUGCUCUCUUGGAUUCUCCGACAGCUUUAAGCAUGGAGGAAAAGCUUCAGCAGAAUGAAGCAAGGGUACAAGAACUGACCAAAGAAUGGACCAACAAGUGGAACGAAACCCAAAAUAUUUUGAAAGAACAAACAUUGGCUUUGAGGAAAGAAGGGAUAGGUGUUGUACUAGACUCUGAACUGCCUCAUCUAAUUGGCAUUGAUGAUGAUCUUCUUAGUACUGGUAUCAUCUUGUAUCACUUGAAGGAGGGCCAAACAUAUGUUGGCAGAGAAGAUGCUGUGACAGAACAGGACAUUGUUCUUCAUGGUCUUGAUUUGGAAAGUGAGCAUUGCAUCUUUGAAAAUCUCAAUGGUACUGUGAAUCUUAUACCACUGAAUGGAGCGCAGUGUUCUGUGAAUGGAAUUCAGAUUACUGAGGCCACGCACCUAAACCAAGGUGCUGUUAUAUUACUUGGAAGAACCAAUAUGUUUCGCUUUAACCACCCCAAAGAAGCCGCUAAACUAAGGGAAAAAAGAAAGAGUGGACUUCUGUCUUCCUUCAGCUUGUCUAUGACAGAUCUCUCAAAAUCUUGUGAGAACCUAUCAGCCGUUAUGCUUUAUAAUCCAGGUCUUUUCCCUGUUAAAGGACCGAUCUGUUUAAGGUUAGAAUUUGAGAGACAACAACGAGAGGAGCUUGAAAAAUUAGAAAGUAAAAGGAAACAAAUAGAAGAAAUGGAGGAGAAACAAAGGUCUGACAAAGCAGAACUUGUAAGAAUGCAACAAGAAGUAGAGUCACAGCGCAAAGAAACAGAAAUAGUACAGCUGCAAAUUCGAAAACAGGAAGAGAGUCUGAAACGCAGAAGUGUUCACAUUGAGAGCAGGUUAAAGGAUUUGCUGGCUGAAAAAGAAAAAUUUGAAGAAGAGAGAUUGCGGGAACAACAGGAGAUAGAGCUUCAAAAGAAGAAGCAGCAGGAAGAAAUUUUUGCCCGUGUCAAAGAGGAAUUGCAGCGCCUACAAGAACUUAAUCAUAAUGAAAAAGAAGAGAAAAUGCAGAUUUUCCGAGAACUAGAAAAACUUAAAAAGGAGAAGGAUGAACAAUAUGUUAAGCUGGAAUCAGAAAAAAAGAGACUUGAAGAACAAGAAAGAGAGCAGGUGAUGCUUGUGGCUCAUCUAGAAGAACAGCUUCGAGAAAAGCAGGUCAUGAUACAGCUCCUAAAGAGAGGGGAUGUACAAAGACUUGAAGAAGAGAAAAGAGAUCUUGAAGAUAUCAGGGAAUCUCUUUUGAAAGUCAAGGAAGCCCGAUCUGAAGGUGAUGAAAACUGCGAAGAGUUAGAAAAAGCACAGGAUAGUUUCAUAGAGUUUAAAAGGAAACAACUAGAACAAUUGACUAUUUUGGAAAAAGAUUUAGUUCAACAAAUGGAUCACCUAGAAAAGGAAAUUGCACAUGAAAAAGGAGCUGUGGAACGCUUAAAAUUUGCACAGGAAGAACAUGUAAAUUUCAAGAAAGAUGAUGAGAACUUUGCAGAUACUGUACUCAAGGCUGACGAAUUUGACAAGAUAAAGCCAGCGGAAUACAGGCUUCAAUCUAAAUUACGGCAGCUUGAGUACCUGAAGAGUAAUCAUUUGCCAGCACUGCUGGAAGAAAAGCAAAGAGCUUCUGAAGUCCUUGAUAGAGGCUUCUUAGGAUUAGAUAAUACUCUCUAUCAAAUAGAGAAAGAAAUAGAAGAAAAAGAAGAGCAGCUUGCACAAUAUAGAGCUAGCACAAAUCAGUUGCAGCAGCUUCAAGAAACAUUUGAAUUCACAGCCAAUGUAGCUCGGCAGGAAGAAAAAGUUCGGAAGAAGGAAAAAGAAAUCCUUGAAUCAAGGGAAAAACAGCAGAGAGAGGCACUGGAACAAGCUGUCGCUAAGUUAGAAAGGAGGCAUUCUGCUUUGCAGCGUCGUUCUACAAUAGACUUUGAAAUUGAAGAGCAGAAACAGAAGCUUGCUACCUUGAACAACAGCUGCAGCGAGCAGGCAGGUCUGCAGGCUAGUCUAGAAGCUGAGCAAAAAGCCCUUGAACAAGACCGGGAACGAUGUCUUUGUAGCUUGGACCAGGAAAUUCAGCAGCUGAAGCAAAAAAUUUAUGAGGGUGAUGGUGGUCAGAAAGGAAAUCAUGGAACGUUAGAAGAGAGACUGUCCCAUACCAAUUCUCCUACCAGCCCAACAAAGCCCCAGCCACCCUCUGCGCCACUAGUUGAUGAUAGGAUAAAUGCCUUUAUUGAACAAGAAGUGCAGCGAAGGCUCCAAAAUAUUCAUCAUAAAGCUGAGGAUAAUGAUGGUACCCUGUUCUGGUCUACAGAAAGCUUGAAGGAUAAUGACAGACUUAAUAAUGGCACUGUUCAGCGCAAGCUGAAGUAUGAGCGGAUGGUCUGUCGUUCUCUGGGAGCAAAUCCAGAUGACCUAAAGGACCCAAUUAAAAUUAGUAUUCCACGCUAUGUCCUGUGUGGGCAGGGAAAGGAUGAACACUAUGAGUUUGAAAUAAAGAUAACAGUCCUGGAUGAGACGUGGACAGUAUUCAGGCGGUACAGUCGUUUUCGGGAAAUGCAUAAAACUUUGAAGUUGAAAUACCCAGAGCUUGCUACUUUAGAAUUCCCUCCGAAGAAGCUCUUUGGAAACAAGGAUGAGCGAGUGAUUGCAGAAAGACGGAGUCACUUAGAGAAAUACCUCAGGAGCUUUUUUUCUGCAAUGCUGAAAUCUCCAUCAUCUCCUCUGCACAUUGAUAAAGUGGGGUCAACUCUGUCUAAACACACCAUCUGCGAGUUCUCACCCUUCUUCAGGAAAGGAGUUUUUGACUAUAGCAGCCAUGGGACCAGCUAAUAUGCCAUGACCUUUGUGCCGGAGGAGCACAGACAGUGGUGCCUUCACUCGUGGUACGAGUGAACUGAGGGGGAAGAAAAAAGGGUAUCUUCUUUCAUGCCUGAGAAGUUGCAUCAAACCAACUCCAGCUAAAGACAGCUAUGCCCUGACGCUAGCUUUUGUCCUCUGCCACUUCGCAUUAAUUUGAGAAGUGCCUGCAUUUUCCUGGCAUGGGGUAUGCAGACGUUGUUCUGUGAGUUGCUCUGUUAAUACCGUACGAAAGUUCUGACUCACGUGCUGGGUUUGGAUCCACUCCUCAGUGGGAACGCUUCCCUCACUUCUGCUCAGACAAUUUGUUAUGGUCGUGUGAGAUCAUCUCGUGUUGCCUGUGCUGGUGUGUCAUACUGACAGGGUUUUUGAGCAGCCUUUCGGUUUCUGUCCAAAUUGCUCCUUAAAGAACAUUGCCUCUUUUGAUUCCUUAUAGCAUACUGUGGCAUUUAAGGUAAUGCUCAUACUUUGCUGUUGUUUCUCUUUUUUCCCCAGCACAUAUGUUAUAAGUAUUUGACUGUACAAAUGUAUCGUUUUUCUCAGAAGAAGUUAAGGGCCUGAGUGACUUGAAUGUUUACAAAAUAUAUACAGCAGAAAGAAUAUCAUUUAAAACCUGUAGAAGUCUUCCACUCUUGGUUAUUUUGAAGCAGAAUAAAUCACUUGACACUAAUUGAGAAGUAAAGGAAGCAAUAGUUAACCGAAGACUGCGGUCAUCAUCUUUUCACAUUUUCUAAUUACCUGGACCGUAAGUGGAUACUGUGCAGUGUACAGAGCGCAAAGCUAUGCAUAAAGCUAAUGCAAAGUGCUAUAUUUCUGUUUUUGAAAAACAGCUUCUUCACAAGAACAUAACACUGUAAGACCUCAAUUUUAUUUGCAUCAGUUAAAAUUUGCAGGAUUUUACUAACAGUACUUUAAAAUUACUCAGGAUUUAUUCAGACUUGCACAUGUAUAUACAAGAACUAAUUUUAUAUUGCUGCAGAUCCAAAAAUAUGUAUACACUGUGACUGGAAGUGGGUACGUGUACAUGUUAAUGUAUAAUUGGUUGUAUAAAAAGCAGAAUAAAGCGGCUUUCGGUUAUUAAAAUGCAUAAUGGAAGGUAGGUUUUGUGUGCCAUUUCUUGGGAGUAUGAAGCAUUUGGGAGUUGCCAUCAUUGACCACCAGUAGGUCUUGGUAAUCAAACUAUUUCAUAUUGUAGAAAAUAGUUAUUAAAACCUGAAGUAACAACACUGGUAACAUUUUUAUUUCAUGACCUAAAUUAUAACAACAAUAAUGGUUUACAUUUAAUACAAUGAAUAAAGACAAUUGGAUUCCAUUACUAAGACUAGCCUGCUACGAUAAGCGUUUCUAAUUAAACAAACAAGCAAAAAGAUUAGAAUGGAUCAUUAAAAUUUUGAGAGUAUUAUAAUUAUUUUGAUUUGUUUCACUGAAAACAGCUAAAAUUAAGGUAAAAUUUCAAAGCCACCAAAGACCUAUUGUCAGUGGGGAUACCAGGGUAGACUUAAAUGUCUUUGUGUAUAUGUGACUAUCUGAAUGCCUUUUAAAUAUCUGUCUCUUGGGACUUAGGCAUCGUAAUAAUUUAAAUUGGGAACCAGGUUCUUAGGUGACUCAUUCCAAUCAAACCUGUUGAUGGCCCUGCAUCCUGUAUCCCAGCUGUUCCCAGUCUUCCUCAAGCACUUCCACAUGGGAGUGCUAACUUCACCAGCGCAUCAUCAAAAACAGGGACCCAACCUCACUGUCCUCACCGUGCCCUGUGCUUGUAUUGCACCUCUCAAUUUUCUCCCAGCACCUUUCUGUGCGCGUAUCAUCCCCCUGACCAGGCGGCCACAUCCUCAUUUCCAGUUUGUAGCUCCCUUCCUUCUUUCAGCCUGCCAUUUGGCUUUGCCCACACUUCCCAAAGCAGAAAGCUGAGGUUGGGCGCUUGCUGGGUGUUCCUGUGGUAAGCUGGAUAACUGGAGUUUGAUGUUGCUGCACGCAUUGAUGGAAGCUUGGUAUUUUCACUGUAUUAACUCUGAUGGCCCAUGUGAGUGCUUCACAGAGACAGAAAUCGGGCACGAUACUGCUGGGUUUUGUAGCGGCCUGGGAACCUUGACCCUAAAUCUCACUGCAAAAUCAGAAAGUCUUUUCUGUCUCUUCUGGCCUGGCCUGCUCCUCCUCCUGCCUCAUUGCACUGUGAUAUGAUAAAGAAUUAAUGCUGAAGAGUUUUAAAAAUUGAAUUUUACAUAACUGUCUGUAGAGCAUUACUUCCUGUGUGCCGCUUCUGUGAUAGAACCUGGCAGGGCAAGAAACGGCAGGCUGCUUUAUCUGCUGUGCAAAACCAGUUUCUGCAGAUUUUCUACCUGAAAAACCAUCAGUAGUGCCAAGUGCUUUCCCAUGGCAGCCAGUGCAGUGCCUGACGAGGGAAACUGUCGUGCCACACAGCAAACACUAGUCUGGGAGAAGGGCUGAGCACGCAGGGCUCCCGGAGGUAAGUCACGUGCCUCAUGUCAGUUUGGAUUUGGAGAACCUGUGCAAGAAAAACACACUUGGACUGAGUUAAGUCGAGUGAAAAGUUGAAUAUUCGUAUUUUUCACAUGAGUUCAAAAGAUGACUUGUGCUCGGUUCCUGUCUACAGUACAAAUUAAUUCAGGGAGGACCAGAUGCUCUAGUGGUAUAAAUCUGCCAAUAAGGUGGCUAAUUUAUGUUGGCUAGUUUAUCUGGCCUGCAGCGUUAAAUGUGUAUGUUGCAAAUAACAAAGUAAAGGCCGAUUAAUCACUCCAUUUAAAAUGUCACCAAGUUAAAAGCUAGAGAAAUGCAAGUGUAAGCAUGCAAUUAGGACUGCAGCCUCAGGCUACCAGCUUUUCCCACCUUCUUAUAUAUUCUUCAGCGUGACCCAGAGUUUAAUAAAUGAUUGCAAGGUACGGCUAGGCUAUGAGGCAUCUUUUAAUGGUAUCAUCACUAAGAAUAUGAUGGUUUAUAACCUACAGUCUUUAAGCCGGACCGUGUCUCUUCGUAAGAAGUUUUCAAUAGAAGCCGAGAUGUAUGUUGAAAUUACUGGCUAUAUACAAGAUGUCCUAACUGCAUUCCUGCAUAGUUUUCCUCAGGCUAUAAAAUUGUCCAUUAAUUCUGCUUUCAAAAUAUUGUCACUUUCAGAAAUGAAAGUGACUUUUGUGGAAGAGUCAUCUCCAGGGCCAGUACAGGUUUUUCAGAGAGCCUCUGUAAUUGUGCCUGUGGGCUCUGCAUCGGCGAAGUCCUUAAGCAAAAGCUUGACUUUUGUUGUAGGCCUGCUUAUAUAUAAAGCAAAGUGUAUAUUUGUGCUUUACUGACCUGAGGCCAUUGUUCUUGGCUUUUGAACUGAAGUUGUGCCUCCAUUUGAGUCAUCGGACCACUUGGCUCAUAACCUUGAUGACCCUGCAACAAUUUUUCAUUGAUAGGGAUGCACAAAAAAAAGGCCAAGAGACACAGUGGAGUUGGUGCUGAACUAUUUUUCUGUGUGAUAAUUCAAAAAAACUCUAGGCAAACCCACCUUGUUGGUCUUGACCCCCCACUCCCUAACUGGAAUUACUUUUCCUCCGAAUAUGCUGCUGCUUGUAGGAAAGAGGUGUUAGAGCAGCCCCUGAAGCCCUGCUGCUACAGAGCUCCUGGCAGUCCCCAUGCUCCAUGACAGCCCGCAGGGCAAGUUCUAAAGCUGAUACCCAGCUGCUGCUGCUGUCCUGAUCCAUGUGAAGAUCUUUGCAAUUGCCCUAAAAAUGUGAAG